CUCCAAGCUCUCCAAGAAACAUUCUACAUCGAAUCACGCCCUACUUUGCGCGCCCAAUCCCUCAGCGUCCCAACAGCGACUCUCGCCCCAGGGCAAAACAACAAGAAGCCAAGCGACACCGCCGAAAACAGAACUCGCAAUGCCCGCGAUCCGCCCGGCAUCGAAGCGCAAGCCGCCACCGGACGGCUUCAGCGACAUUGAAGAGGACCUGCUGAUCUUCAGCAACAAGAUGAAGGACGCGCAGAACACGCCGACGGACAACAUCCCCAAGAACCAGGCGCAGUGGCCCAUCUUCCAGAUCGCGCACCAGCGCAGCCGCUACGUGUACGAGCUGUACUACGAGAAGGAGGCCAUCAGCCGGCAGCUGUACGACUGGCUGCUCAAGAACGGCUACGCCGACCCGCUGCUGAUCGCCAAGUGGAAGAAGCAGGGCUACGAGAAGCUGUGCUGCCUGCGCUGCAUCCAGACCAAGGAGACCAACUUCAACUCGACGUGCAUCUGCCGCGUGCCGAGGGCCCAGCUCAAGGAGGACCAGGACGUGCAGUGCGUCAGCUGCGGGUGUAGGGGCUGCGCUUCGACGGAUUGAGGGAACGCAAUUUUUUCUAUCAAACUACCUCGAUUUGGGGACUUGAUGGGGAGACGGCGAGGGAGGGGGGAGUCUAAGGCUAAUGAUACCAAUCUGUUCUCUUUGGUUGUUGGAAGGGUGUGACGGAGACUGGACGACUCAAGACGGAGACGGGAUAUUUAGAGCCAGGUUGGCUGGCGUCUACAAGUCUACGCGGUAAUGCCGCUCAAGAGAACUAUCGGUAUUCAGCCAGUAUGUUCACCUCAAGACCUGCUGCCCAGUUUGUUGUGCCCAUCCUGUUCGAUGAUGCUCAUACGACCCCAACGCCUCGCUAGAUAAGAACGCUGGUCACCGCUUCGC